UUGAUUUGUUUACCAAGGUCCUCCACCCUAUGGACAGCCAAGUCAUUGAUUACUCAGCCUGCUGUUGGAAUUAAUUCACAAGAAAUAUAUUGUCCAGCGUGCCGUAAAACGGUCAUAUCUGAGACCAGUACUAAAACAGGUGCUUGGACUUGGGUUAUAUGUGACUUAGGUUGCUGCCUUAUACCUUUUUGUGUGAAGUCUUGCAAGGAUGUUCAACACACUUGUCCAGAGUGCGACAGAAUUGUGGCUACCAAAGAGUAUAAACCCUUCAGUUAA